AUGCCUAUUCUCUCCAGAGGCAGUGACCAAGACUAUAGCAACAUCAGCUACAACUCCUGCAAUUCCUUGAGCCACUUCUUUCCCAUCUGUGUGGAAACCCCUUCUGUCAAGGGGGUCCAUUACCAGAGAGCCAGGAGGAUUUACCACCCGGACCAAGCAUCUGCAGCCGAUCUAAAGACAGAGAUCAUGAUCAACGUAGGAGGCAUCAAGUACCUACUGCCUUGGAGUACUUUAGAUGAGUUUCCCCUGACCAGACUGAGCAAACUAAAGCUUUGCAGCAGCUACGAAGAAAUCAUCCAGCUGUGCGACGAUUACGAUGAAGACACCCACGAGUUCUUCUUUGACAGGAACCCCAACGCGUUUGGGAUGAUUGUCAGCUUCCUAGCAGCAGGGAAGCUGAUGCUCUUGAGAGACAUGUGUGCCUUGUCUUUCCAGGAGGAGCUGAGGUACUGGGGCAUUGAGGAAUCCAACCUGGAGAACUGCUGCUUUCGGAAACUGUUCCAGAAACUGCAGGAGCUGGCCGAGAUCCGCAAGGAAGAGGAGCUCCGGAGGAGCAAGGAAGCUUCGUGCGUCUUGGAUGAGAAAACCAGAUUUGGGCAGUUCAUGAACAGACUCCGAGAUAUGGUGGAAAAUCCCCAGUCAGGACUGCCAGGCAAAGUCUUUGCUUGUCUCUCCAUCCUCUUUGUGGCCACCACAGCUGUCAGCCUUUGUGUGAGCACAAUGCCAGACUUAAGAGCUGAAGAGGACAGGGGUGAGUGUUCCCAGAAGUGCUAUUACAUCUUCGUCAUCGAGACCAUCUGCGUGGCUUGGUUCUCCCUGGAGUUCUGCCUGCGGUUCAUCCAGGCCAGGAGCAAGUGUCAGUUCUUCAAAGGACCCCUGAACAUCAUUGACUUCAUGGCCAUUUCCCCUUACUACGUCUCCCUCAUCUUCUCCGAGGACGACUCCAGAGAGGAGGAGGACAGGCCGAGCAGCAACACCUACCUGGAGAAGGUGGGCUUGGUGCUACGGGUUUUACGUGCCUUGAGGAUCCUGUACGUCAUGCGCCUUGCCCGGCACUCCCUGGGGCUGCAGACGCUGGGCCUCACCGUGCGCAAGUGCACGCGGGAAUUCGGGCUGCUGCUGCUCUUCCUGUGCGUGGCCGUCACCCUCUUCUCCCCGCUGGUGUACCUGGCCGAGAACGAGUCGGGCAGGGUGCUGGAGUUCACCAGCAUCCCCGCCUCCUACUGGUGGGCCAUCAUCUCCAUGACCACCGUGGGCUACGGGGACAUGGUGCCGCGGAGCGUGCCGGGCCAGAUGGUGGCUCUCAGCAGCAUCCUCAGCGGGAUCCUCAUCAUGUCCUUCCCCGCAACCUCGAUAUUCCACACCUUCUCCCACUCCUACUCCGAGCUGCGCAAGGAGCACGAGCGGCUGCAGUCGCGGCUGAGCCGAGCGAAGAACGCCAAUCGCUCCGGGGAGAGCGACACCUUCAACGAGACUGACAGCCUGAUCCUGGACGGCCAGGUGUCCCCCAUCAAACACAUCCCCACAGGGAACUGA